AUGACGGCGACGAGGGGCUCGCUCAACGUCGGGGUGGUCGGGAUGGGGAAUAUGGGCAUCCCGAUCCUCCGCAACCUCGCUUUUAAGGCCCGCGGGGCGUUCUACCUGCAGAUCCACAGCCGCUCGCUCAACAAGGCCCGGCGGGUUUGCGAUGACCUCGGCGUCGACGGCGCGACCUGCGCGAUGCGGCUGCACCACCGCUACCACACCCUCACGAAGUGGGCGGAGGUGAUUUUGGUCGUCCUCGCCGACCGCGGGGCGGCCGCGCGGGUGCUCUUGGAGGACGCCGAGGCCCUCCUCCCGAACGCCCGGGCGGGGCAAAUUAUCGUCGACCACACGACCGUCGAUGUGGGGCUUUCCCGGGCCUGCGCGGCGGCCGCCGCGGGGCGCGGGGCGACGUUCUUGGACGCCCCGAUGGACGGCAGCCCGCGCGCGGUGUUUAACGGGCAGCUGGGGCUGAUGGUGGGCGGCCCCGCCGAGGCCUUUCAGCGCCUCCAGCCGAUCUUCCGCAUGUACGCGGACAACAUCAACCACAUGGGCGAGGCGGGGGCGGGGAGCGCGGCGAAGCUGCUCGCGCAGGCCCUCGUCGCCUCCCACAACGCGGCCGCCGCCGAGGCGAUGACGAUCGCGAAUCGCCUCGGGAUCGAGGACCAUGCGAGGCUCAUGCAGGUGCUCGACGCGUCCUGGGGCUCGAGCACGAUGCUCCGGCGAAACGCCCCAACGAUGCAGGACUUGGUUCGAAAUCCGGACAAACUUCCGCCCACCUCCGGCGCCACCGUGGGCCACCUCCUUGAGGAUCUUUCCCUGCUCGACUCCUCUUUGAGCGCCGCCGCAGGGGGGGGGGAGGAGGAGGAGGAGGAGAAGUUUCCCGUCAUGGAUUCCGCGCUGCGGAUGUUAGGGGCCGCCUCGGAGGCCGGAAUGGGCGAUCGCGAUCUCUCUGCCGUGAUCCACUUCAUCCAGGCCGCCGUCGAGAUCGAGCGCGAGGAGCGUCGGACAUCAACCCUCGCCAAACACCUCACCAAUGGUGCGGGAGGAAAAGCGAAAGCGAAUAUGGAGGCCUUCCAGCCCCGAGGAUUAACCUCAGCGGCAUUUCUGAUGGACAACGAGAAUAGCAAUACAAAUGAUGCUAAAGGGGCUUCCCAAAAUACGGCGGAGUCCCCAACUACAGCAACUACUACAAAAGACGGAAAGGACAACGAAGAGGGGUCUAUUGAAUUCACCUAUGAAGACUUUUAUUGA